CGCAGCGCCGCACCAACCGCCGCUCGCGAGGUUACCAUUGCCUUUCCCCCUCCCCCACGAGCAGACGCGGGGCCUCGCUGUCCCGCGCGCCGCUGGCGGGCGAAGGGGCUGCCGGGAGUUUCUCUCUCGCGCGCCUUCCCCGCUGUGAGGGAAAGAGGACGCGGGCCUUUUUCUCCCGUGUGACUGACGGGCUCUUUCGCGCAAUAUGCCGGCGACGCGGUGGCGGCGGCUGCUACUACUGCUGAAGAGCUUCGCGUUUCUCGGGAGCCGGCCUCUCUCUGCCUUCGUCCAGCCUCAGCCGCCGCCGCCGCACCUCGUCGCUUGCCGGCUUCCAGAGAUGGCGUGCGAGUCUAUUAGUAGGCGCGUGGUAGUGAUGGCGGCUUUCAGGGAGACUUUUCCUGUCACUGGAUACUGUUCCUACUACCGGCGGCGGCGGCGGGAGCAGCUUCUAAGUAGCCCCGCUGCUGCUGCUUCCAUGCUGCACAGCCCUUCUGCAGGAGGGGCCAAAGGGAAGUCUUGACCAACUCCCCGCCUUCCUCCUCCCCUCCCUUUCCUAGCUGCCUGCAGCCGCGGGAGUCUCGCGGCCACGCCGCCGCCGCCGCUGCCACCAUGGGCUUUUUGGACAGGCUGAGGAAAGACUGGUUCAUUCUCGGAAUAGUCCUGGUCAUCACGGUGGCCAAGCUGGAGCCGGCCUUUGGGGUGAAAGGGGGACCACUGAAACCAGAAAUCACCAUCACAUACAUAGCUGUUUCAGCUAUAUUCUUUAACAGUGGGCUCUCGUUGAAAACUGAGGAGCUGACAAGUGCUUUGAUGCAUGUGAAAUUGCAUCUUUUUGUCCAGAUCUUCACACUUGUAUUCUUCCCAACAGCAAUAUGGCUAUUUCUUCAGCUGUUAUCUAUCACACCUAUAAAUGAAUGGCUUUUAAAAGGUUUGCAGACAGUAGGCUGCAUGCCACCUCCUGUGUCUUCAGCAGUGAUUUUAACCAAAGCUGUUGGUGGAAAUGAGGCAGCCGCUAUAUUUAAUUCAGCAUUUGGAAGUUUUUUGGGCAUUGUGAUAACUCCCUUACUCCUGCUGCUUUUUCUUGGAUCCUCCUCCUCUGUGCCUUUCUCAUCUAUAUUCUCACAACUGUUCAUGACCGUUGUAGUUCCACUCAUAAUUGGACAGAUUGUCCGAAGAUACAUCAAGGAGUGGCUUGAGAGAAAGAAGCCUCCGUUUGGUGCUAUUAGCAGCUGUGUGCUCCUGAUGAUCAUCUAUACAACGUUCUGUGAUACUUUUUCCAAUCCAAACAUUGACCUUGAUAAGUUUAGCCUGAUUAUAAUCGUUUUCAUAAUAUUUUCAGUUCAGCUGGGAUUCAUGCUGUUAACUUUCUUCUUCUCUACAAGGAAGAAUUCUGGUUUCACACCAGCAGAUACAGUGGCUAUUAUCUUCUGCUCUACGCACAAAUCUCUGACUUUGGGAAUACCAAUGCUGAAGAUAGUAUUUGAAGGCUACGAACACCUAUCCUUAAUCUCAGUCCCUUUACUUAUCUAUCACCCGGCUCAGAUUCUCCUCGGUAGUGUGUUGGUACCAACAAUAAAGUCUUGGAUGAUUUCUAGACAAAAGGAAAUCUGCAACAGAUGGCUUCUUAAAAGUUACCACCCUUCAUCGUCCGCAUUUUAUCAGAUGUGUGAUUCCAGUUCCCUGUCUUUAGGAAUUGCCAGGAGUGAGAGAGGAGUAGGGUUUGCUGCCAGUCAGAGUCAGAGAAAUAAGAAAGUGUCAUGUCUCCAGGUGUGAGGGAGAGAGAAAAGGAAGAAAUGGCACUGAAAUUAACAAAGCAGCCCAAGAUGCCAGUGAAAGUUUAACAGUGGAAGAGAUCCAAUGAAUGUAUAUAUGUACUAUUUUGUACAUACACAGAGACAAUUCAGAAGACGGGCAUAUGUGAAUGUUGCUUCGGCAUUUAUUUUAUUUUUAUAGAUACUUAUAUAUACAUAUAUAUUUAAAAUACCUACUGAAGUGCCUUAAAAUAUAUUUGACAAAAGCAUUGAUUCCAAAAUCACAUGGCUGCUUGGUGUAAGAGGUUGCACUAAAGUUUGGGGUCAUUUGAAUCCCCCCCCCCCAUUGAGUGAACAGUUCAGACAAUGAGAAACUGGAGCUUCCAUCCUCACACCUUCUCAGAGGAAGUGGGCACAAGCCGCCAAGUGUUUCUUACUCUCACGUAAGCUCCACUGAACUGAAUGAAGUCAGAACGAGAGCUGUGCUCUGCAGAU